ACCCUAUCGGACUGUUUUAGUCCGGUACCGGUGGUUGGUGUGAUUAAACGUCAAACGGCAACUUGCGCGAUCGAACGGGAUCUUGCGUAUGUGACAAAUCAGGAUUAGCAACGGUUGGCACGAGAGAGCGAGAAAAAGAAGAAUUAGUGGAAGAAAGGCGAGCAAUUUUUCGGAGAAAGUGAACGGGGCGACCUUGGAAGGACUGAUUAAUUACCCGCAAAGCGGAUGUGUCCGGGGCAUUUUCGGCUCGCACACGUAUGAGUGGACCUGUCCGGUUGAUGAUCGAGAUUGUUUCGUGAAGUGGACGGCUUAAUAACAGUGUGGGAAGGUAUUGCCACGACGCUUUGGGGACGCAAGUGUGGAACAUUGUGCAGUGGAAAGCAAGUGGUAAUUCGAGAACUGAUCCGGUUAAAAUCGAUUUUGUGGCAGAGGACAGAUUGCCAAAAUGGUGAAAAUGUACCUCAUCGGCAUCGUGAUAUGGUCCUGCGUGUGUCAGCAGUUGACUUCAGCAGAACCGGAAGUCACUCCCUACCGGCCAACCAACCUGGAAGAUAUCGAACGAGACAACUUGAAAAGCGAACGACACCAGGCAUUCAAAAAGGAAGCCUAUUCCUCACAACCCGCCCGAGCGGCAUCCUCUCACGGUACCAACCACUACUCGGUUCAAAUCGAACACCACCCGGGAGGCGCAACGAGCCAUGCCGGAUUCAACUAUCUGCUCCCACCUUCCGCACCGGCUCCUGUCCCGGCUCCCACCCACGCCGGUUUAAACUACGUGACGCCGAUCCCGUCCGGUCCAUCCAGCUAUGCCAAAGGUACCUAACCUCUAACAAACUAUACCUGCAAAUCAAAUUUAUUAGCUUUCAAUCAAAUUUUAGAAUACGUCCCUCAAUACCAGCAGAAAGUUCCGCAGGUUCAUGAGGAUCACUCGACCUACACGGUUCCCUCGCGGCAAUCGUUACUCCAGCCCAGCAUCGGAGGAAGUGCUCCAGCACAAACUCUGCUAACACCACAACCGCAGUAUGUCUACGUGCAAGCUCAAUCGCAGCAAUUCCAGCAACAACCGCAGCCACAGCAACAACAGCAGCAGUACGCAAAUCACCCAAAUCUACCGCAGUCGCUGCUGCACAUUCUCCCGCACCAUCAAGGAGCUUAUAUCAUGAUUCCAUCGCCGUCCUACUACCAGCAGCAACCGUAUUCGGCUCAGCAGUAUGCAGCUUAUGUGAACGACCCGGACAACCACGUACAGACCUACUCACACGGUGAAUCUGGCAGCCACAGCCCGCAGCCACCCAGCGGUAGUCCUCCGGCGCCAGCACCAGCUCCUCAGAAGACCCCAGGUGUGAUUUACGCUUCACCUUCAUCGACUCCGGCACCCUACCGACAUCAGUCGCCGUCAUCCGAGUUCUCCAUCGUAAAAAGCGUCGAACCUCCGGUCUACUAUUCCCCGGACAAUUACCUCAAUUCCCAACCCACCAUCCACUACAGCCACUCACCUGCCAAACCCGCCAUCCAAAUCCACCACGAAACACAAUUGCACUACCCCUCACUGACGCAUCCCAACAACGGAAUCCUCAACUAUUUCGGAGCCCAGCAUAAGCAACCCACCAGCCUCCUGGACUCCUAUGUUCCAAGUUCGCUCCAACUCGCCCCGGUCAAACACUACUCUUAUCCGACCAAAUCCGUCCCAGUUUAUCGUCCUCCCCACCAGCACUUCCAUCACCACCAACCCCACCCACAGCUAUUCUACCAACCAACCUACCCGGUUUCCCAUUCAGCUUAUCCCAUCUAUCCAACACAUACCCCGGUAGCCAACCACCAGAUCCCAUCGGCUUCGGCCCCGGCCUACAACACCAUUGCCUAUUCGGUUCCACUCUCGCAGACGAAAACGGUCACCCAAUACAAGCGAUCACCGGCACUGGAGACCGUCGCCGGUGUCAAAUAUUCCCACCCACGAGCGGUGUCAUCUGCCUCCUCCUCCUCCUUCCCCUACUCAGGUGCCAUCACGACUAAGCUUCAACCGGCUGCCAAGUUGAUUUAAUUUAGAUUAGUUUUAAUUGAUUUGCGAAACCAACCUCGAGUGAGCUCGUUACUCAUAAUUUAUGGAAUAGUUGUACUUACCAAAUAGUGUUUAAGACAUCGGGGACCCGAUACCUGCGAUGGAAUCGGCGUGAGAUUUUUCUGCAGCGAACUGGAGUUACCUUACAGAAG